CGCAUCGGAGGCGCUUCACUGCAGAGCGCAUUACCGGCAAUGGGUGAAGGAAGCUGUCAAGGCGCUCCGUAGUUGUGGAGUUAAGGUAGUGCACGCUGCACAGCUCCGGGUUUGGGUCGCUCGGACCGGACGCUCCGGCUCUCCGGUGCUUAGUUUGGAGAGCAGUGUUCGUGGACUUUACAUCACACUGGACUUUUGGCCACAAGCCUGCUCUGCAAUCGUCGAGAUUUUGAAGGACACCGUUGGGCAUUAUUUAUUUGAGAAAGAUUUGUGUGUCCCCCUCAAAGCCACAGAGAUAGUUUUAACAAUACGGCUCCAAUUGGACUUUUUCCUUGUUUCCAGUAUGGGACCUUAUACAAAAAGGCGCUCUGGGACAUUUGACAUUGGACUGGAAUAAUGAAUUAGAUGUCAGAAAUUAUAAUAUUCCCCGUUCGGUCGCUUUAAAUUCUACUGCGCUCUCCUGUUAGUUUGUUAGCAAGAUGUUUGCCCUGAAGAAAUGCGCCCAGAAAAACUUUGGAAUAUUAUAGGUCACUCGUGCCGAAAGUUAGAUAACAGUGUUAUAAAUGUGUUUACUUAAUUAAAGACAAAAAAGAAGAGCGGCCAAGUGCACGCAUAAAUAAGGGAACGGGGACGCAAUUUACGUGCGUAUUUGGAAACAGUCUGUCCCCUCUUUCCUCCUCGUCCUUGGAGAAGUUGAAAAACAAAACAAUGAGAAUGUAUUUGGUGAGUGUUAACAUUUAAAUAAGAUAGGGCAGUUAAAUCUGUAGUGUAAUACAUAUCUUUGAAUCGUUUUUUUGUAUUUCUCUCUUUUUUUUUUUCUUUUGGGGACAGACGGAAAAACAGACAGUGUGCCGAUGUCUGGCAAACUUGCCGUCAUGUGGGAUUGAUUGCAGGGGAGUAUGUUUGGGCUGGAGCAGUUUGGUUCUCAGAUUAAUAGCAGAAACCCUGGCCAGUCAGAGAGAAACAUAAACCAGCCGAGACUGAACAUGGGCUCCCAUUAUAAAGGCCCCGGUUUUCACGCUGGAGGCCCGCCGGGAGCCGUGGAACCCGGCAUGGGCCCACUGAGUGAGCCGCAAAUGCUCGGGCUUAAUAUGAACAUGAACGGGGAACAGUACGGGGGCUUUCACCCGCGGGGCCACUCGGACAUGCAUGCAGGCGGCGGACUUCAGCAGCAGCAGCAAGGACCCAUGCAUGGAUUUUUUAACAACCAGCAACCUCAUCAAGGACAUCCACACGGCCAUCAACCUCACCCCCACCAACAUCACCCCCACUUCAGUGGGAAUUUUGGAGGCCCAGAGCCAGGGUCAUCAUGCCUGCAUGGUGGCAGGCUAAUGGGCUACAACAACAAUGGCAUGGGACCACAGCAGGGCUUUGGAGAAGGAUUUGAUCCUCUCGCUGAGGGACAGGCAGGUGAUGGCUUUCCCCAACAGCAGCAGCAGCAACAGCGGCCUGGUAACAUGCCUGACUUCCAACAUCAUGGGCCUCCCAGUGGCAGCCAUGCUGUCCCUGCCCCCUGUCUACCCCUGGACCAGUCACCUAACAGGGCAGCAUCCUUUCACGGUCUCCCCUCCUCCUCAUCUUCCUCCUCAGAGUCUCAUGGCCUGGAGCCUAGGCGGAUGCCCAACCAGGGAGCUGUGGAGGGAUUAGAAUAUAACUUCCCUAGUGAGCCUCCAUCUGGACAUUUUGAUGUACCUGUAUUUUCCCCAUCAGAAUCAGAAUCUCAGUUACCCCAUUUUGGGCCAGGAAGGCCAGUUCCCAGUGGGAAUUUUCCAGGGAACCCGGGCAUGCCACGGACACCAGGUAUGCAGGCCAUGUCUAAGGGACACCAGCCACCUCCACAGCCCCAGCAGCCUCAACAUGGAGUGUUUUUUGAGCGUUUUGGAAAUGGCCGGAAGGUGCCCGUGGGAAUGGAGCCGGGGGUCAAUGCGAGACAUCCUCUCAUGCAGCAGCAACAACAGGCUGGCUUGAUAGCCAGACAGAACUCAUGCCCCCCUGGCCUCCCCCGACCCCCUCAGGCUGAGCCCGGCUCCACUAACCCUAACAUUCUGGACGGAGGGGUCAUGAUGCCUGGCCAACACAACCAGUUUGAAUAUCCCAUUCACAGACUGGAAAAUAGGGGUCUGCACCCCUAUGGGGACCCAAUGUUUAAUAUGCAACAGCCAGCUCCUCCUCCCUCCCAGCAGCCCCAAAAUCAGAGGCUGCAACACUUUGACUCUCCUUAUAUGAACAUGGCAAAAAGGCCUAGAUUUGACUUUCCUAAUGCACAUGGUGGUGAAGGCUGGUGUGGUGGCAUGGACAACCACCUCUCCCCUUCUGCCUACCCUGGACUGCCUGGAGAGUUCACCCCACCUGUAACUGAAGGUUUCCCACCAGGUCCCCUGCAGCAUCCAGGGCCUGAGCAGCAGUCUCUGCAGCAGCGCCAGAAUGCAGCCAUGAUGAUAAAACAGAUGGCUUCUCGCAACCAGCAGCAGAGGAUGAGGCAGCCCAGUCUGCAGCAGCUGGGUCACCAUGGUGAUGUACCUCCUGGCCCCAUGGCUCAUGGAGGUCCAGUUGGGAGCAUUUCUCAGCCCAACUUUGACAGGGAUAAUGGUGGCAGGAUGCCCAACAUUGAUGGACAAAAUCCUCAUGUAACUCAGGAGAACUCCUGGUUCCAAGGGUCCCACCCACCAGGGGAGAUGAUGUCACGACGUAUGGGUGGAGCAAGUAAUGAAUCAGGGCCCCAUGACAUGGGGCUACAGCAGAAUGGGGCUGGUAUGAUGUUUAGGCCAGGCAUGGGCAUGCAGGAGCCCAUGAGAAUACCAGGAGAUGGGCAUGUACAGGCCCUCCAUUCCCCGGGCAUGCACUCACAGUUCAGCGGCAAUAUGGGCAACCUCUCACAAAUGCAGUCACCAGGAGCAGGAACAGGGCAUCCGAAUGCACCAGCAGACAGGCGGCCAGCUGAUUUCCCUGCACCUCCAAUGGGAGCACAGCCAACGUUUCCCUAUGGAGGGGCUAACCGUCAGGGGCCAGCCCACAGCGUUCCCCAGGGGGUGAACACCUCACCAGGGAGCUACCCUCCUCAGUCUGAGUUUCCCUCAGGCCAGCGGUCGUCUGUUAGUAAGCUUGGAGCCCUGUCCCUCGGGAACUUCAACAAAACCAGCACUAAAGACAGUGUUUUCGGCCAGAGCUGUCUGGCGGCCCUUUCUACGGCCUGCCAGAACAUGAUUGCAAGCCUAGGGGCCCCCAAUCUCAACGUAACAUUCAACAAGAAGAACCAAAAUGAGGGCAAGCGAAAACUGAGUCAGACAGAGCAGGACAUUAAUAGCAGCACAUCUAAUGGGACUGGCAGUGCUGGUCCUGAAUAUUUUCAGAGCAGCACUUCCCAGAACAGCCAGAUGCCUGGCACCGGGAAUAGCAACUCUAAGCCUGCAAGUCAAAGCCAGACGGUGCAGGGGGAAGCCAGUGCCCUCUCCCCAAAUUACAACAUGGACGCUACCCCGUGCAGUGAGGGGAAGGCAACAACAGGGAGUGGGAGAGGGAGAGGGAGGAGAAAAAGAGACAGUGGACAUGUGAGCCCUGGAAUUUUUUUUUCCUCUGACAAUGGUAACCCUGUUGUAAGUCCAGGCCAGCAGACCCCUUCAGCUGGCGUUGGGGAGAGGGGUGGGGGCACGCCCCAUGAGAAACACCUCCAGUCACCCUCUUGGGGAAAAGGAGGUGAACUAAUGUUGGGGGACCAGGGUGACCUGAUGCCUUCUCUGGAUAGUGGCAUUCAAAGUGUUGCCAAGUCUGACAGUAGCUCACCAAGAGUGGAUUUUCCUGAUGAUAUCAGCACCCACUAUGGCAACGAGGAUGAGGUGUCCUCCAGCUCAGAUGCAGGAGGGACCUCAGCCACCAAGCCUAAUCGCAGCCCUAUGAUCACUGGCUCACCAAAAAUGCAAAGAGGUGACCAUGGAUUGAUAAAUGGACAGAAGCCCCUAGCCAUGGGCAUUAACAAUCUUUCUACCUCGACACCGGACAGCUAUGGACUGAAUGCUUGUGGGGGCACAGGGGCCAGUGGGGUAAGCCACCCAGGGACUCCUGGGGUGGAGCAGGUACGCACCCCAUCCAGCACCUCUGGCCAGGAAGAAAUCCAUCCUCUGGAGAUUCUGCAGGCCCAGAUCCAGCUACAGCGGCAGCAAUUCAGUAUCUCUGAGGACCAGCCUCUGGCCAUGAAGAAUGGCAAAAAGAAUGGCGACUGUCCCUCACAGAACGGAGACAAUGAGCUGGCGAGCUGCAGUCCGGAUGCUGGAAAGGGCUCAAUGGGCACUAUUGACCUUGACACCCUCAUGGCAGAGCAGCACGCCACCUGGUACGUGCCCAGUGACAAGGCCAUGAUUGACGGGUCAGAGGAUGACAAGGCCAUGGGACCCUGGGAAAAAAAUAAGAGCCAAAACAACAGUAAAGAAGAAUCAGAGCUGUCCCAGAGUAAGGCUGGAGUUGGGGCCCCUGGGGCCGGAGGAGGUGGGAGCAACGGAGGGAACCACCUGCAGUGCCUGUCCGUUCACUGCACAGACGAGCUGGGGGACAGUAAGGGCCGAGGGGGGCCUGUCUCCUCCUGGCGCUCUCUCCACUCUGAUAUCUCCAACCGAUUUGGGACAUUUGUGGCCGCACUGACUUGAAUGAAAAGCUGGCCGAACAGGAAGAAGGAAAAAAGAUCACAAAAUUAGAAGAAGAAGAAGAAG